AUGUGUCACCUUAAUGGUUGCGAGUCGGACAAAUUACAUAAACCCAUAGACAACCGAAAAGAUCAACGCAAUGCCUUCCACCGUCAAAGAAGGAGCAUAGCCAUGUUGUCACAACAUUUUAGUGAAGCUACGGUCAUGCCUGGAGUAGAUGUGAAUUUACAGUGUGUAGCCAGUGGCCCUCACCCAGGAAGAUUUGUUUGGGAAAGGGAUGGUAUUGUUAUAUCCUCGAAUACGGAUUCAAGAUACGCGAUCGGCCAGACGAUAAGUCCUGAUGGCGGAGUGGUUACUCACUUAAACAUAUCGCACAUUCGAGUAGACGAUGGUGGGAGAUAUGCUUGUGUAGCUCAUCAUGGGGACAGUAUAAUUAGUCAUGAAGAUAGGAUUAAUGUUUAUGGUCCUCCCUACAUUCGUACUCUACCACCUAUUAAAGUGCAAAGUGGACAAAGUGUUACUUUGAAGUGCCCAUAUUAUGGUUACCCUAUAAGAGAGAUCACAUGGGAAUACAGAGGCAAAGAGAUAACGCCAGAACAAACGAACCGUUACAAGCGUUACGUGAACAAAACCAAACUCUCAAUAGAGAUCUACGGGCGCAAACCGAAGUUAAGAAAACGUGACGUCACGGUUAAUAAUGACGGAAUUCUUAACCUGAAUAAAGUUAGUAAAGCUGAUAAUGGUGCGUCAUAUGCUUGUAUAGUCCGAAGUCCUUCUGGGGAGAUGGCGAAGCGAUCGUUUGACCUGCAAGUUGUGGAGGCACCCCAACUUGAGGAAAUACUGCUAGCGUCCGAUUUACAAGAAGGGCAAAUAGUUCAGAUCCACUGCAACUUGAAGAGCGGGGAUUCCCCGGUUUAUUAUUCGUGGUUGAAGGACGGGAAGAAGAUUCCUCCUAAUUUGAAGAUCGUAGAAAGAAGUUUGGAAGUAUUCAGCGUGCUUAUAAUUAAGAAUGUGUCACUCGAUCACUGUGGCACCUACACUUGUGUGGCAGCAAACCACGUUGCAAAAGUUAAUAGGACUGUCAAUUUGUAUAUAAAAGUUGCACCAAAAUGGAGUGAAGAACCACAGAAUACAUCACUCCUUUUGGGUCGUAAUGGCUACGUCUCAUGCAAGGCUAAUGGCUACCCACAACCACAGACACAUUGGUUAAAGAAAGACGUGGUAUCGGAAACUUGGAGACCAGUGCUGGAGGUCGCUGGCGGUGGAGUUCUAAGUUUAUCGAACGGUUCUCUUAUAUUCGACUCAGUGUCGUUAUCAGAUGCGGGCUUAUACACCUGUCAUGUGGAAAAUGGAGUAGGGGAAGCACUAAGCAAAACAGUAUGGAUAUCUGUUAAUAAACCGGUAACUUUCGAUGUGACGUCACGAAACUUAACAGCCAAAUUAGGACAGCAAGUGACCAUAGAGUGUAUGGCGAAAGGUGACGAUCCCAUUCGUAUGAUGUGGACGAGGAAUGGAAAACCAAUCAACCCUCUCACUCAACGCGUUAAGAUAUCCGAAAUGAAGACAGAAGAAGGCAUGACAAGUGUUCUGGAGUUAUUGCAGACGGAGACGAGUGACGGCGCAUUGUAUCAGUGCAAAGCUGGUAACCCCUAUGGCGCCGAUGUGUACUCUGUAUUUCUUACUAUAUUAGAACCGCCCCUACCGCCGAGUGAUCUAUCUGUAGACUCAGUCAAGAGUCGUGCAGUGAGGUUAUCGUGGAUAGAUAGUGCACGUUCACUAGCACAGUACUACUCGAUACAGAUAACAAACACUCAGAGACUAUCUUGGAGUACUGCACGGACCAUUAAUGUAACUAGAUCGGAUGCCAUACGCCAUACCAUUGACGUGGAGCAACUGCAAGCGGCCACUGGUUAUUCAGCUAGGGUGGCUGGCGGAAAUCAAGCCGAUCUCAGUCCGUACAGCGUUCCAGUUAGGUUCACAACAGCUGAAGAAGCUCCAUCAUCCCCACCACUCAGCGUGCAACUCGAACAAACUUCAUCCCCCGGGGAGUUGCUGGCGAGAUGGUUACCACCCCCCAGUGAUAGCCAUAAUGGAAUGAUCCUAGGUUAUAGAGUGCGGGCUGUGCCUCAGCUGAGUGGAAUUAAAGAAUCCCCUGAGAGCAACGACAAGAUUAUUAAGACGACGUCUGUUUAUUCAAAACAAGAGAGUGAUAUCACUGGUCUCUUGAAGGGAGUUAGAUAUGCGGUCUCUGUUGCUGCAUUUAACGGUGCGGGCAACGGACCAUUUUCAAUACCUUUAUUUGAAGACACCAGAGAGGGUGCACCUGAAGAAGGACCGACAUCCGUAGAAUGCGGUGGUGUGACGUCAUCAGCGCUGCGCGUGAGUUGGCAACCGAUACCUCACCACAAACAGGCUGGGUCUUUAAUAGGAUACACUGUGUUGUAUGCUGCGCAAGGUCGCCAAUGGCAGAACGCAACAGCACCAGUGACAGAAAUCCGCUUGCAAGGACUCAAUAAGUACACAAACUACACAGUCAAAGUCGCCGGCUUCUCUAACUAUGGAGUGGGGCCGUUCUCGUACCCUAUUAUUUGUUCUACUAUGCAAGACGUUCCGGAAGCGCCGUCGGAAAUAAAACUUCUAUCACAGUCGUCGAAUACGCUUCUUGUUAGUUGGAAGAAACCGAGGCAGCCGAAUGGAAAGUUGCUCCAUUAUACCGUUUAUUGUAAAUCUACGGCGAGCAACGACGGACCGGAAUCACAUCGUAUAGAUGUCCAAGAAUCGUCCCCAUUCGAAGAGACUCAAAGCUUAGAGCUAAAAGGUCUUCAAGAAGGAAAACAGUACGACGUCUGGGUGACAGCUAGUACAUCGGUGGGGGAAGGUCCAGAGAGCAGACGUGUCACAGAUGCUCCACAACAAAGGGUGGUAGCUGGCGUUUCAUCGCUUGGUGGAGAAGUGGUGGUUCCAGUUCGCGGUUCGUUGGUACUCGCCUGCAAGAGCGUGGGUGUUCCACCACCGCGCACCGUGUGGUAUCAUAAUCAUUACAUCAUUACUCAUCAUCCAAGAUAUACAAGAAAUAAGGACGACAGCUUGCUUAUUAAGAAUAUAGACCAAUCGCUAAGCGGUAAUUACACGUGCUUAGCAAAGAACCUCUACGGUUCCGAUUCAGUAGUAUACAGUGUGAAAGUACUACCGCUACCAGAUCCACCUACUCUUAGAGCGACGCCCUUCAAGGAUUCUAUAGUUAUCGAGUGGGAUGAACUCAAGACAAGCAAUGAUACGCUUACUUAUGGAAUAAAUUACAAUCUGACAUGGCGCGAAGGAGAUGGCGUCUGGCAAGAAGCCUGGCCCGUGGUCCAAGAAAUAAGACUGCCCGGAAUACAACAACACACACUUUCAGGUUUAAAAUGCGGCACGAAGUACUCGGUCCGAGUGACCGCUACAGAUAAUGUGGGUACUUCUGCGCCGGCGCAUGUCGAUGUUACUACGUUGGGAGGCGCGCCAGUAUCACCGCCGACCACAGACUGGUUGUGGAGUAACGCCACCCACAUAUACAUACAACUCAGUGGAUGGGACGAUGGAGGUUGUGAUAUCACUAAAUGGGACGUCGAUUAUCGCCCGCUUGGCUCCAAUCUGUGGCAUCGUGCCGACAAUAGAGCUGCAAUUGACGUAGCGCAUCACUGGGGCUACGAUUAUCGUUCGUCUAUGGGCGGGCCGUCGAACUACGCCGUAGUGCUUCAGCCCGCUACGUGGUAUCAGCUACGAGUAACUGCCAUUAAUGAUGCAGGGAAAGCUACGACGCUCUACACGUAUGCUACGAAAACCUUGGAAGGACAGGAAAUUGGCCCACCAUCUGACUUAUUAGACCUCAACAUGCUCGUGAUAAUAUGCAGCUCUGUGCUUCUAGUUGUAUGUUUGCUGGCAUUCAUCUGCAUUCUAGUGAAAAGACAUAGACAAACGUACUCUUCACAAUACCGUCACUCUAUAGCGGACGAAGUAAAAUCUCGCAAUGAAAGUGUAGCCUCACACUCGGAACAUAAAGACAGAUAUGCGCAUACACCGAGGAUUUAUACCUCCCCCGUCCAUCCUAGAAAACCAAGCAAGAAUGCCUCUAACGAAACAGUUUUAUGUAUAGAAAUGUUCGAGAUAAGCCCCUAUGCAGAAUUCGCACUUGGCUUUCGUACAUUCGAUCACGUGGAAAACCAAGACCUACCUAGUAGACUACCUGGCAGGCCUAGAUUCGAUACUGAGACGAGUUUUGCAAACCGAUCCGAAUCAGACGACAGUGAUAGCACAUCCAAAGCCACUGUCUCCGUUAUGCCUAGACGUCACUGCCGAACUCCGCACCAUAGAUAG